UAUAGACAAUAUAUACAUAUAUAUUCCGAAACUUUUAUUCACCAAUAAUAACAACGAUCGUAAUGAUAGUACACAAUGGUUAUGUUGACAGUAAUUAUUAGACUAACAAUUUAAUUGUGUCAUGUUGCUAUUUUGAAAUAUAGAUCUGACCAUUGGAGAGAGGCAGCUGAGUUUUUAUAAAUCGUUUAUUAGGGAAAUAAAUAUUUAUGAUUCCAUUCUCUGUCUUUUACAUCAUGGAGAUGGAGCUGUCGAGAGUGGAUUAUACAUUGGUGGGGAUAACAGCUCCACAAACAAUGAAGCUUUUACCUAGCACAGGAACAGGAAUGACGCAAAAGGUAACUGUUGCAGAUCAAGAUGGGGUGUUACAAGUAUUUUCUGUGAAGAAAGGAGAUAUCCAGAUAGGUUUUAAAACAUUGCCAAGUGCUGGUAUAUCUCGUUUGGAACUUGGUGGUGCAUUAGGAACUGUAAAGGAUAAAAUAUUUGUUUCCUCUGAAAACGAAGUCCGUGGAUACACAAAGAAAGGAAAGUUAUUUUUGGGAUUUGACACAAAUCUUACAGAACAUAUUAAAUCAAUGCAUGUUAGUGGUAGUAAUCUUCUUGUUUGUGGUAAACAUGCAUACAAUCAAUAUCACGAUUGUAAAGACACAAACUCCUAUCUGUGUGGUGAUGAAAUCAAUGAUGUCAUUUCACUCUCUGCUGAAAAGAACAACAGGUUGACUCCGGUAUUAGCUUGCGAGGAUAGAACGCUUCGAGUAUUGGACCGAUCAUCUCUGCUUCACAAUAUAGAGGUUGAUGCUAUACCCACAGUGCUUCAUCUUAAUGGCAAUGAAGGAGGAGAAACUGGAGAUGAGAUACUAUAUGGCACUGCAGAUGGGAGAGUUGGGCUUGUUUGCAUAGGCAGGACAGAGGUGAAUCAUCGAUGGAUACUGAAUGAUGGUAAGCAUCGUGGUGGUAUCCUCUGCAUGGACUGCUAUGAUAUGUCAGGGGAUGGAGUAUUAGACCUCCUGAUAGGGCGACAGGAUGGAACUUUGGACAUUUUCUCAUUGGGUGAUGAUGCUGGUGACGGAAAACUAACACAGAGGUUUUCAUAUUCAUGCAAUGAAAGUAUUACCUCUAUCCAUGGUGGGGUUGUUGGAAAUGCAGGCUAUGAAGAAGUGGUGGCUUCAACAUAUACAGGGUGGAUUUUUGGCUUGACGACAGAAGUGGUGGAUAAACAAAUACUUAUGGAUACAGAGACUGGCAGUAUGAACAUUUCCCAGGAUGCUCAGCAGAAGAUUAUGCGUCUGAGAAUGGAAAUUGAUGAGAUAGAACAAAGAGUGAACAGAGAAAGAGAAAAGUACCAAGCAGCAACUCAGGACAAAGUGGAUGGAUUAUCAGCAAUUCCAUUCAUUGCAAUUAAUGAUAAGAUGACUCUGUGCAGAGAAGAUGCUUCAUAUUCACUAGUCCUGGAAGUGCAGACACCUAUUGACAAUGUGCUUAUCCAAAGUGACGUUCCUGUGGACUUGCUGGAUGUAGAGAGGAAUUCAGCAGUUGUAAGCUACAGCGCAUGUGAACCAGCGAGUGGUAACUAUUUGCUGGCAACAUACCGCUGCCAAAUGAAUACUACCAGACUUGAGCUGAAGCUGCGGACAAUUGAGGGACAGCAUGGAACUCUGCGCACAUAUGUCACACCAUUGGUUCAACCCAAAUGCUGCCAGGUGCGGCAGUACAAGAUAAAGCCCCUCUCCCUGCACAUACGUUGUCAUUCCUUUGACCAUCAGCGGCCAUAUAAUAUACUUACACUGAAAGGAGCAUUCAGCCUCGGAGAAAUACAUACAUGGGUCUCAUUCUGCCUGCCUGAAAUACCUGAGAAGGUGCCAACUGGUGACAAAGUCACGUUCACUUUUGUCUCCACAUUCCUCGACACUGUGUUGCAUUGCAGCUAUUCGAAGGGGGAAGCAGAAUUCAAGUCAGAUAACAUUUCUACUAUCUCAAUUUUGAAAGAUAUUUUAACUAAAGAAGCUACAAAGAAGAAAAUAAAGCUUGAUCUUUUGUGUGCAGUGAAUGAUGAGAGUGUAGUGCAUACUCUACAGCUGCUGCAUCCGAAGCUGAAAGUCCAGUUGGCACUCUCCAAACAAGUGUCACUUCUGGAAGCACUUCGAGAACUCGAAACUCAUGAUGCAGAAUCAUUGGAAUGUCUUUUGCCUGAAUACAAGCAGAUAUUGAAAAAUGAGAAGGAGCUGCUGACCCAAUACAAACGGCAACCUGCACAUCUAGAUCGCUUAUAUGGCAUGAUUACAGAUUUGUACAUCGACAGACAUAAAUUCAAAGGAAUUAAUGUGAAAGGGAAAGUUCCUCAACUGAUAGAAAUAUUAGAUAAAUAUGACUUGCAAAAUCUCCUGGACUUCUUUCAGCAACAGUCUGUGUAAAAUCAUAAGUGCACAACACCUAUUUGUAUCCUUUAGAUGAUUAUUUAAUAUGAUAUUUGUGGUUUAGUAGGAAGACAAAUGCUUCCUUUAUUCUACAUCUUCUACUUGGUUAAAUUUCAGCUCAACAGUUUUUGCCUGAUUGAAUUUUGAGUUUUAGCAAUGAUACUCAUAAGUUACUUAACUUACAUUUAUCAGAUAGAAUGGGGGGAAAAACACCUUUUGAUGAAUAUGGUGAGUUCUAUGGAACUUUCAAUUAAAAAAAAGAGUUUAUCUGUUAAGUGGUACUGGUACUUUUGUUGUAUGAUCAGUAGUCAAAUUACAUCCAUGUGCAUAUACAUGCCAAUAACAAGUGAAAGCACUGUCCUAGAUUUGAAAUUUAACAUCAGGUCUUUUCACUGUUUAUUUUGUAUUCAGUCAUUAUGCCUUUAAACACACACACACACACACAAUUUUCGUCAGUUACAAGAGAUAUUCCUGGUCUGUUCUGACUCAGUAUUUUCAGUCUUCUAGGUUGUCCUAAAUCUGUGACCAGUCAGUAAAGAUUCUUUAAGAUGUCCUAUUUGUGUCUAUUUAGAGAUGUGCAACCUGUCCCUUGGUAUUUGUGCCAGUAAAUGUAUUUCAGCUACACUCAUUCAUAUAUAUCAAUAAAUAUAUUCAUCACAAUCCAUAUACUUUGCACAUUACAGUAAAAAUAAGUGUCACAGGAUAUCCAUAGGCAGUCAUAAAUAAAAAUAUCAAUGUGAUAAAGGUGAAAAUGCAUGUAUUCAGAAAGAAAAUAAAAACACCACUGUCUCUGAA